UUCCUCAAACGUUAUUGACUUUCUUCUUCUUCUUCAUCGUCAUCUCUACAAUGGAGGACCUGAAACCAGGGCCAGCUAACACAUCUCCUCUAACCCCACUUAGCUUUAUAGAAAGAGCAGCGACAGUUUACGAUGAUUGCCCAUCAAUCAUCUAUGAUAAUACCACUUACACUUGGUCUCAGACCUACCAUAGAUGUAUUAAACUUGCCUCAUCUCUUUCCUCUCUAGGCAUCAGCAGAGGCCAUGUCGUCUCCGUUUUGGCCCCCAACGUCCCCGCCAUGUACGAGCUUCACUUCGCUGUCCCCAUGGCUGGUGCUGUCCUCAACACCAUCAACAUUCGUCUGGAUGCACGUACAAUCUCUGUUCUACUCCAACAUGGCGAAUCGGAGCUUCUCUUUGUUGACAACCUGUGUGUAUCCUUGGUUCUUGACGCCAUCGCUCUUUUUCCACCAGAUGCCAAACCGCCAGCUCUUGUUCUCGUUGCAGACGACGAGGUCAAUUCAUCACCAGCCAUUGACCAGUUCAUUGACACGUACGAAGGACUGGUGAUAAAGGGUGAUCCUAGCUUCAAGUGGGUCCGACCAAUUAGUGAAUGGGACCCAAUUGUGCUGAACUACACUUCAGGUACUACUUCAUCCCCUAAGGGUGUGGUUCAUUGCCAUAGGGGUUCUUUCAUUUCAGCCAUUAAUGGUCUUAUUGAUUGGUUUGUACCGAAUCAACCAGUAUUUUUGUGGACCCUGCCCAUGUUUCACUCCAACGGAUGGAACUAUCCAUGGAGCUUGGCAGUGGUGGGUGGGGUUAAUAUCUGUCUCAGAAAAUUUGAUGGACCUACAAUUUAUCGUUUGAUAAAAAAGCAUAAUGUUACUCACAUGUGUGCAGCACCUGUAGUGCUGAACAUGUUAUCAAACAAUUAUUCUCCAACAGAUGACAACAGUCAAACUCCCACCCUUAAAAACCCUGUGCACAUACUCACAGCCGGAGCUCCACCGCCGGCUUCUGUACUCUCCCGGACGGAGUCUUUAGGUUUUAUAGUAAGUCACGGUUACGGAAUGACAGAAACUGGUGGAACUGUCGUCUCAUGUGCAUGGAAAUCAAAGUGGAAUCAGUUUCCAGCAACAGAAAGAGCAAGACUAAAAGCAAGACAAGGAGUAAGAACCAUAGGAAUGAUAGAAGUAGAUGUACUGGAUCCUGAGACAGGGAAAAGCGUAAAACGAGAUGGGCUAUCUCUAGGUGAGAUUGUUCUGCGAGGUGGGUGCAUAAUGUUGGGUUAUCUGAAGAAUCCAGAAACCACCUCAAAGCAAAUGAAUGAUGAUGGUUGGUUCUUUACAGGAGAUGUAGGUGUAAUGCAUCCAGAUGGUUAUUUAGAGAUUAAAGAUCGAUCUAAAGAUGUGAGCAGUGUAGAAGUCGAGUCCGUGCUGUAUACACAUCCAGAUAUCAAGGAGGCUGCAGUGGUGGCUAGACCAGAUGAAUUUUGGGGUGAGACACCUUGUGCGUUCGUGAGUUUGAAGGAUAGUGGUAAUGGCUUGAUUGAUCAGGCAAUGAUAGAGAAGAAGAUAAUUGAAUAUUGCAGGGCUAGGAUGCCUCAUUUCAUGGUGCCUAAAAUGGUCGUUGUAAUUAAGGGAGAAUUGCCCAAAACUUCUACUGGUAAGAUAAAGAAAUUUGUGCUAAGAGAUAUGGCCAGAGCCAUGGGCUCCUCCAGAGUUAGUUGCUUGUGAAGCCAUGUGACCUAUCGGUCUUGCAUUGAGUUUACUCCCGCCAAUUAGCGCACUGCUCGUCAAACAAUGUCACCUAUUAAAGAAAUUUUUAGCUCAAACCUUAUUUCUCAUGUAAAAUCCUAAUUAUUUCUUUUUAUUACAAUCAUAUCUUAUAAUAUAUUAAGUUGAUUUUGGCGAA